CAUUACUACAACAACAAGUGAAAGACACCAGUCUGAAAGGCAGCUUUGGGGUUACUCGAAAGGAAGCGGAAAUAUCCCCAUCUCGAGAGCAGCUAACACAGGUGUAUGAACUGACGUUACAUUUUACUCAGCACAGAGAUCAUAAUGUGGUGACAGGUGCUCUGGAGCUGCUGCAGCAAAUAUUCAGGACUCCUCCUAUUGAGCUGCUCCAUGUCCUGACAUCUUCUGGAGGCAUUCAGCAUAUCAGCAUUUGUCGAGAUGAGUCUCAGAACCGCAGCCGCAGUGGUAGUAUUGUGGAGCUCAUAGCUGGUGGGAGCUCUACCUGCAGUCCUGCUCUGUCCAGGAAACCAAAAGGUAAGAUACACUUGGGGGAAGAGGAAGGAUUGGAAGACGAGACGGAAGGCAAGUCUGAUGUUGCCACAGCUCCUUUUACAGCUGGGUCUAAGAAGGAGGGGUCAUCAGAUGUGACUGCAUCCUCCGGCGUCCCAAAUCCAGCAUCUGCCACCUCUCUGGACUCCACAGCUCAUGACAUCAUCACAGAGCAGCCACGGUCCCAACACACACCCCUGCAGUCUGACUCUGUUGAUCUUAGCAGCUCAGAUGUCCCCAGUACUGUUACAGAGGGGGAUGAGGAGGACAUUUUAAGCCGCAGUUCCAGUCAGAUCAGCACUGUCCAGUCUGACACCAACAUGGACAUGAACGAGGGAACCACCCAGGCUUCCUCACCAGUGAGCGACAGCUCGCAGACCACCACAGAAGGUCCAGAUUCUGCUGUCACCCCCCUUCGGACAGCUCGGAAAUUGUGAUCGAUGGUGCUGAGAACCAGUAUUCUGGCAUGCAGAUUGGGCAGCUUCAGGAUGAGGAAGAUGAAGGAGCGAUCAUCCACCAGGAAGAGUUAAUUAAUCGUUUUGGGAAUACAUCUCUUGGGCUGAAUCAGAGUCAUUUGCUAAAAUCCAUGGGUCACAGCCGCCAGUCAUCAGAUAGCAGUGUGGAUCGCUUUGUAACAAAGGAGGAACUUGUGGAGCCUUGCGACCUGGAGAAUAAGCCAUCUCGGAUAAAAGGAGACAUUGGACACUACACAGAUGGAGAUGCUGCUCCCCUUGUUCACUGUGUUCGCCUGUUAUCUGCUUCCUUCCUGCUUACUGGACAGAAGGGUGAUCUUGUACCAGAUAGAGAUGUGCGGGUGAGCGUGAAAGCACUGGCACUGAGCUGUGUAGGGGCAGCUGUGGCCUUGUAUCCUGAAUCCUUCUUCAACAAGCUAUACAAGCUGCAGACAGACUCUAUGGACCCAAUAGAUGUGCAGUACGUUUCAGACAUCCUAAAUUAUAACAGUCAUGGGGACCCUCAGGUCAGGGGGGCCACAUCUAUUCUCUGUGGCACUAUUGUCUUCUCCAUCUUAAACAAGUCCCGAUACGAUGCUGAGCGCUGGCUGGCCACUGUUAAAAGCUGUACUGGGAAUAGUUUUUCACUGGAAAAUUGCAUUCCUUUGUUGCAAAAAUGUCUGAAAGAUGAAUCUUCUGUGACCUGCAAGCUGACCUGUGUGGCAGUCCGGCAUUGUAUAUCCAACUUGUUGUGUAGCACAUACAGUGAACACGGG